AUUAAAGAUUAAAGAUUGUUGAGAUAAAGAGUUCCCUCCUAACAUCUUUAUCAAGUAGAGCAUGCUUAUGCUCCGUAUCAUUCUCACCUCUCUGUGCACACUUCAGAAUGUCAGGCUUGUUCUUUCUACUACUUGCUCUUGCUACCUGCUCUACUGGACAAUUCCAGGGUGUUUUGCAGAACCAUCUGUCUUAUAAGAAAGUGUGUGAUUUCAGUGCCAGCUAUACUGAUGGGUCAGACCAAGAGUUCUAUGGUUCUUGUGAUUUUGAGAAAGAUGCUUGUGGAUGGAAAGAUAUCAGUAAGAAUGAAUUUCGGUGGAGGCUUGAGAAGGCAAACAUCAGCAGCAUCCCGGGUGUGGACCAUACCACUGGAACACCAUGGGGUCAGGUCAUGCAUGUAGAGGGUGAGAACCCUGUGUUUUUCUCAAAGGCAAUUUUGGAGUUUUCCUUCCCUCAGCACACUGCACUUGGGUGCCAGAUAAGCUUUUGGUAUCAUCUUCAUGAUCCUCUUGGUAUAUCCUCUAAUUUUGACCUAAGCCUGGACACUAAUGGGUCGUCUGUGGUCUUGUGGGAGAUUAAGCAGGGGCAGACUAAUGGUUGGGUGAAUACGACUGUGAGAAUUGGAAAUCGUCCAAAAGGAUCCAAGCUGUUGUUUUCUAUUGUUCCAACUUAUAUUGGACAUCAAGAUAUAAUGAUGGAUGACAUUACAUUGAUGGGCUGUGCAGAAGGGGAUAUUCCUGCAGGCUCAGAGCAGCUCAGCUGUGACUUUGAGAGAAACACUUGUGGUUGGUACAUAGACCAGUCUGCCAGUCUCACCUGGGAGCGGAAAAAACCCUCAUUUGACAAUCAGGGACCAGGACAUGACCAGACAACUGGUUCUGGUUAUUAUAUGUUUGUUGCAACAAAAAAGAACUCUAAUCCAUCAGAGACAGCAAGACUAAUCAGUUAUCCCCAGCAAGCCAAAUGUGUCAGCUUCUGGUAUCAUAUCUAUGGUGCCAGCAUUGGCUCUCUCAGAUUUAUUUCUAAGAACACUAAUGGGACAGAGACAGUCAUGUGGACUAGGACCGGUACACAGGGUAACAAAUGGCGCUUUGCAGACCUUAGCUUUGCCACCAAUGAUAGUCCAGUACAGUUCAUCUUUGAGGCUAUCUUAGGAGGCACUGAUGGCAGUAUUGCUCUAGAUGAAGUGCAGGUCUGGAGCAGUGUAAAUGGAUCGUGUCCACCUGAGAGAGAAUGUACAUUCCAGAGCUCUCUGUGUGGCUUAGAACCUGACCCUGCAGCUGACUUCCCCUGGGUCAGAAUCACAGGAAUGCAGGCUGCUGGUUCUGCUAGCCCAAGCAAGGAUCACACUCUUGGCACUGACCAAGGUUACUACCUGAGCGCGCAGCUGUGGGAUCGGCCAAGUGGUAGUCAAAGUCGCAUGGUGACACGUUUUUAUGAGCCAAAUCUUGAGAGCGAGGAAUGCUGGAUGUUCUGGUAUCAUAUGAGUGGGAGAGAUGUGGGUAUGCUCAGUGUGUACCUGCAUGAAUCACACAACUCUCGAGUUACUCUUUGGAGCCGCAGUGGGGAUCAGGGAGAACGGUGGAGACCUGGCCGAGCCACUGUAGUCACCCCUCUCAGCCCUUACCAGAUCGUAUUUGAAGCAGUGGCUGGGGAAGGUCAGGUUAUGGACAUUGCCAUUGAUGAUCUGAGCGUAUUGAAUGGGCCUUGUCCACCUCACGGGCUGUGUGAUUUUGAGAUGGACCUGUGUUACUGGGUAAACAGUGCUCUCAGCAACCAUAGUGUAGCCUGGAGCUGGACUUCUGGAGUCAGUGCCUCUUUGUUUGCACCUCAGGUGGACCACACCACCAAUUCAAACCUGGGACAUUACAUGGCCUUUGAUACAAAGCACAGCACUUAUGAGCAAAUUGCUUAUCUUCAGAGUGAGCUGAUGCAGCCAACGGACCGUGCAUGCCUGGAGUUCUGGUACCAUAUGGAUAUGUGGCAUGCUAUAGAGAAACUCACACUAACAGUGUAUGUGAAUGAGUCAGGCAUAUUACACUUCCUGUGGAAUCAGACUGGCACUCAGGGCAGAGUGUGGCACAAAAUCACCCUGGAUUAUGAAGCAUCAGAGCAAUACCAGCUUGUGUUUGAGGCCAAGCGGCCACCACAUCAUGGAGGGGUUAUUGCCUUGGAUGAUAUCUACAUCAGAGAGAGUGUGAGCUGUGCAGAUGUGAUCACCACAACACUAGCCCCCACUACACAUCCCACAACACCACCUGCAUCCUCCAUGGACUGCAGCUUUGAGGAUGGACUAUGCAACUGGGUUCAGGAAAGUGGGGAUGGAUUUGACUGGACUCGUCAACAGGGUCUGCAGUUAGACACAAGCAACAAAGGACUGCUUUAUGACCACACCAUUGGAAAUAAGCAUGGUUUCUAUUUGGCUCUGAAUAUGUCUGGAGACAAAGAUGGUGAGACAGCAGUCCUUUCUGCCCCUGUAAAUAUCCAAGCCCCAACAAUGUGUGUUGGAUUCUGGUAUUUCAUGCAAGGACCAUCAGUGGCAAAGCUGGACCUUGUGGUUAAGAUGAAAACAACAGAAUUGGUUGUUUGGACUAGAAAAGGUUCAGAAGCUGCUGAGUGGCUGAAAGCACAAGUCACAGUCAACUUGGUGGACACACAGAGAGUGAAAUUCACUGGUAGUAGAAAUACCAAAAGCAGUGGGUUCAUAGCACUUGAUGAUGUGAGAGUGAUCCCAGGUGCCUGUAAAGAUCAUAGCCCAUGUGGCUUUGAAAGUUCUUCCCUGUGUGGAUUUGAUCAGGAUAUAAGUGAUAUCACUCACUGGCUCCGUGUGAACGGCAGCACUGGCCAUGUUGAUCACACAUACCGAACUCAAAUGGGUCAUUCAAUGGCUGUUUUGGGAAAGGAGCUUCUGAAGCCAGAGACGACACACCUCCUGACUCCGGCAUAUAGUAAAACAACCGAGUCGUGUCUACAGUUCUGGUACUGGCUGUCUGCUGGAUCUGGUGAUUCUCUCUCAGUGCAUGUUUACCUAAACGGAGAGCUGGGUCCUGCCCUGUGGUCUCUUUCUGGAGUGCCUUCUACAGGCUGGGAGGUGGCAGAGGUCACUGUAUCUUCUCCAGCCAAAUUCAGGGUGGCAUUCAAGGCAAAGCUAAGUCCUGGCCAGGAGUCUUUCAUACUUCUGGAUGAUGUGUCAGUGAGAAAUGGAGCUUGCCUUCCCACAGGAAGCUGUGAUUUCGAGUCAGGGCUGUGUACAUGGGUGAAUUCAGAUGUGGAUGACCAUGACUGGGUCCAUGCAGAUGGACAUGCAGGCGGUCCUAUGACUGAUCACACAACACACACUACAGAUGGCAGGUUUAUGUUAUCUCACAUGACCAAUCUAGACAACAGCAGCACGGCUAUGCUCAUCUCUGAGCAGAUCCAACAAAGCUCUGACUCCUGCCUCUCGUUUUGGUAUAACGUGAAUUACAGUAACUCAGGGACCUUGCGAGUGUUUUUGGAAAUAGAGAACACACAGCGAAGGCUGAUUUUUAAAACAAGUGCUGCUGAACACAGCUGGAGAAAUUUCUCUACCACAGUGUCUGAGACCAAGCCUUAUAAGAUUGUUCUAGAUGCAGAGUCUGAAAAUGGAGGAUUUAUUGCUGUGGAUGAUAUAACAGUUACAAAAGGGCAGUGUAAAGAGGGGACUGUGGUGAGUGGGGUAUUUGUUGGGUGCCAGUUUGAGAUGGAUAGCUGUGAGUGGAAAGAUGUGAGUGUGGGACAGUUUUCCUGGCAGCGGGGUCGCAACGGAACAGCUUCAGAUAACACUGGGCCCUCAGUUGACCAUACUACUGGCACAGAACUGGGCUGGUAUAUGGCAGUAGAUGCCAGUAAUGGAGAGCAGAACAGCUAUGCCGCUCUACAGAGUCCUGCUAUGAGACAAGCCAGCACUGAGUGUAUGCUUGAGUUCUACUAUCACAUGAAUGGGGAAGGAAUUGGGGAGUUAAAAGUGUUCCUCCAGGAGGGCCUGAGAAAGACGCCUAUAUGGUGGAAAUCUGGUGAUCAUGGAGACAAGUGGCAUCGGGCAGAGGUGGCAGUUGGUCGAACUCACCAGGUCUUUACUGUCAUUUUUGAGGCCACCAGAACCUUUAGUGAGCUUGGUGACAUUGCUAUAGAUGACAUCGCUUUCCUGAGCUGCUCUCUCCCAGAGCCACAGGAGUCAUGUCCGCCAAAUACAUUCACAUGCUCCAACCGUGUGUGUGUGGAUGUGAGCAGAAUAUGUGACUUCAGUGAUGACUGCGGAGAUGGAAGUGAUGAAGCACAAUGUGAUGGACUGGCUUAUAAGCAGCGCUGCAGUUUUGAACAGGGCAUGUGCUUAUGGGAGAUUAGUGAGGAAUGGGCCAGGUGGAUGUUGGAUAGAGGAGAGGGGGCAUGGCCACAACAUGGACCACCCAGAGAUCACACACGCAACAUAGCAGCAGGCCAUUACAUUAUCCCUGCCAGUCAAAGCCAGACAGCUGUGAUCAUCUCCAGCACAUUGCUCCCUAGCUCCAACUGCACUGUGAUCUUCUACCACGUUUCCCAUGGUAACAACUCCACAGCCAGACUUACCAUGCGACUGCGGACACUACGCAGUGGAGAUCAGGACAUCAUUCUCUGGCAGCAGAAUGCGGCUUGUGGAUUUCACUGGCAAAGGACAGAGGUCAUCUUCUCCGCCUUAGUAAAGGCCAAGAUAGUGUUUCAAUUUGAUGGGAAUGGCAAGAGCCAGGAAGAAUACAUAGCUGUGGAUGAUGUGUCUUUUUCACCAAACUGCGUUCACGACCCUGACAAUAGCCAACUGCCAGUCUUACCCCCUACAGCUCCGCCUACAGUCACCCCAACCACUCCUACACCCACUGAGCAUCCCUGCAGGGAGAAUGAGUUUCACUGCUGGAGGUCGGAUGGGAGGAAAUGCAUCGCUACUACGGCUCGUUGUGAUUACAGCAUAGAUUGCCCUCUGGGCGAAGAUGAGGAGACAUGCGGACCCUGUACAUUUGAGUAUGGACUUUGCAACUGGAGUGACAUAAGUCAGGAUAAUAUCAAGUGGCAGAGGGUGAAAGUUAGUGAGAAUACACAACCCCCAGCUGACCACACCACAGGAACAGGUCACUACAUGUAUGUAAAUUUGAGUUCAGUGCCAUCUGAAAAUGAGGUGCAGUUUGAGAGCCCAUCACUGCCACCUACCUCCCCAUACUGCCAGUUACUGUUUCAUUUUUACCUGGGUGGAGAAGAUGGUGUUAGAGGUCUAAGUGUGUUCAUGCAGAAUGAAGAGAAUCACAGGACACAACUCUGGACUCGCACCAACAGCACCGAAAAGCACUGGACUCUGGAGCACCUCGCAAUAGGGGAACAACAGCAGCGCUACAGGAUCAUCUUCAGUAGUCCAACCACAUCACUACAUAUCAGUAAAGCUGUCCAUCAUGGAGCUUCUCUAGAUGACAUCUCCUUCCUGAACUGUGAAACAUCGUAUCAACCACCAGCUCUUUCUACUGCUGGCUGCUCCUUUGAGGAAGACCUGUGUAGGUGGGUUCAGGGAAGUACUGGGGACUUCUACUGGCUGAGAAAGAGUGGACCAACUGAAACUAUCAAUACCGGCCCUGCAGGAGAUCACAUCAGUGGCACAGGAUAUUAUCUAUAUAUUGAAAGCUCAACUGCUAAUAAAAGAGGUAGUGUGGCUCAGCUGAAGUCUCCUGUGCUCCCCCCUGCUGGAGAGAAUGGAUACUGUUUAAAAAUCCGGUACCACAUGUUUGGAGCAACAGUGGGCUCACUAAAUAUAAUUCUAUACUCUGUUGAAUCCAGAGUGUCCACAGUGGUGUGGCAGAGGGUGGGCUCUCAGGGGAAUGAGUGGCAUGUGGCCCAGAGGCAUGUGACCCUACAUGAAGUUCAUCAGAUAUUGAUCGAGGCCUCAGUAGGUGGAGAGGCUGGAGAUAUUGCUAUAGAUGACUUAUCAUUUACUGAAGGAGCUUGUGCUCCCACAGAUGGCCUUUGUGACUUUGAAGAAGGGAGCUGUGACUGGACACAGGAAGUUGAUGAUGAUCUAGACUGGGUUAAAGGAUCAGGAAAUACUCCAGUCAUAAAAUUCCAACCGAGCUUCGACCACACAACCAAUACAGACAGUGGACAUUACUUCUAUAUGGACUCCUCUUCUCAUGUAUCAGGACACACUGCUAGGAUGUACUUUCCUCUCUUUACUGCAGAAAGAAGCCAGUGUCUUCAUUUGUGGUAUUAUAUGAGUGGGAAGGACACAGGGACACUGAAUGUGUACCAGGCAUACUCAAAUGGAGCUCAUUCGCUGCUGCUGAGUCAGUCUGGAGAACAAGGCGAGCUGUGGAGAUUUGCACAGGCGCCACUGCCCCAUACUGGUCCAGAAUACAGAAUCCUAGUGGAGGGGAUAAAGGGACAGAGUGAGCAAGGCACUGUAGCUGUGGAUGAUGUGCUGGUGUCACACUACCCAUGCACCGGUCCAGGCCACUGUGACUUCGAGGUGAACAUGUGCAGCUGGCGCAAUCUGAUGGCUGAGGACAAUAUGGAUUGGCUCCGAAAUCAGGGAAACUCUAGAGCUCCCAGCACAGGACCAAGUGUAGACCACACCACCAACUCCUCCAUUGGUUAUUAUUUGUAUGUAGACACCACAGUGGGGCGCUGGGGAGACAGAGCAUUGCUGCUCAGUGAAAUAUUCCCACCAGGCAACAGGGUGCAGUGUUUUACAUUUUGGUACCACAUGUAUGGCCAAAAUGUAGGGACUCUCAAUUUAUACAUCAAUAACAGGACGAUGCAUGAUAAUGGGGACAGACUUGGAUAUCUGAUUUGGACAGACUCAGGAGAUCAGGGGGAUGUGUGGUGGAGUGCCAGAUUGAAUACUCAUCAAAUAGAGCCAUUCUGGUUCGUGUUUGAGUAUCGCAGGGGCAAGGCCUCUGGAGGAGACGUGGCCAUUGAUGAUAUACAGAUUACUUACACGUCAUGUGACCCAGAACCACCUACUACAGGAGCCCCUUCUAAUCUUUCAGGAAUAAGAAUUGGAGUGGCAGUUGCAGUAACGUUACUGGUGAUCGCCAUCGUCUGCAGCGCCCUGUACAUGCUACAGAGGAGACACUCAAACAGAGAAUAUACUACUGGACACGAGGUUCUGGAAGAAAAUGCGGUCUAUGAUCUCCAUGACUAUGAAACAGAGGAUUCAGAGUCUUGAAGGGUGGACGAUAAGUUUUAUAGUUUAUAAGAAGAGGCAGACUGAGCCAGAAGAAACAGUCCUUCUCACUGAUAAUAACUCAAUGUCAAAAUAGCUAUCUUUAUUUUUUACCUGAUUCCUCUGUUUUAUAAUAUUCAGCAAAUAAAGUUCCAAUAAAGGA